AUCGAAACAAAAAAUAAAUCUUUGUAUUUUCUUUUCUUUUUCUCUCAAAACAGACACUUAAUUUUUCAGUCAACUAAAGAAAAAGGACCCUUACGCUACAAACAACUCUUUCAAUCAAUUCUAUAUAAAUGUGGAGCAGAUUAUCUCGAACCCAAAAGCUGGUAUUAGGUGGUACAACAGCCACGACAACAGCAGCAUUAUAUCUUCACUGCUAUAAUAACAACAACAACAACAAUGAACAUCUACAACAGCAAAAGCUAUUUCGAUUAAAGAACAAUAUUGUUUAUGCCGAACAACUGAAAAAGCCUACAUGGCACGCACCCACACGUGAACAAGAACUAACCAAACUAAAAAGCCAAGAAGAAUAUGAUUUACUUAUUGUGGGUGGCGGUGCGACGGGAACAGGUGUGGCUGUUGAUGCGGCCACUCGAGGAUUAAAAGUUGCCUUAGUUGAAAGAGAUGACUUUGCCGCAGGAACCUCUUCUCGUUCCACAAAACUUGUUCACGGUGGUGUUCGAUAUCUUCAGAAAGCAAUUACAGAGUUGGACUAUGAACAAUAUAAAUUGGUCGUAGAAGCCCUACAUGAAAGAAAGAUAUUUAUUAAAAAUGCUCCUUAUCUUGCAAGUGAAUUACCGAUUAUGCUGCCAGUGUACAAAUGGUGGCAGAUACCUUAUUAUUGGUUUGGUUGCAAGUUGUACGAUUUGUUCGCUGGUAGAGAAGCAUUGGAAAGUAGUUAUUAUUUGACAAGGUCCAAGGCUUUGGAAGUCUUCCCUAUGCUGAAAGAAGAUGAAUUGGCUGGAGCAAUUGUAUAUUACGAUGGUCAGCAUAAUGACGCUCGUAUGAACGUGGCUCUAGCACUUACCGCAGCUCAAAACGGUGCUACUGUAGCUAACCAUGUAGAAGUUGUCGAUCUUAUUAAAAACAAAGAUGGACAUAUUAAGGGUGCCAAAGUAAGAGAUUGCCUCUCAGGAGAUGAAUGGGAGGUCAAGGCAAAGGGUGUCAUUAAUGCUACCGGACCAUUUACCGAUGGUUUACGUAAAAUGGAUGACGUUCAAAAUAAGGAAAUUGUUGCCCCUUCUGCCGGUGUACAUGUUAUCUUGCCCAAUUAUUAUAGCCCGCGAAAUAUGGGCUUACUUGACCCUGCUACGAGUGAUGGACGUGUGAUUUUCUUCUUGCCUUGGCAAGGCAACACUAUUGCAGGAACUACAGAUUCCCCAACCGAAGUGACUGCCACCCCUGUGCCUAAAGAGGACGAAGUUGAAUGGAUUUUGGAUGAAGUUUCACGCUAUUUGAGUAAAGAUGUCAAGGUGCGUCGUUCCGAUGUGCUAGCUGCUUGGUCAGGUAUUCGUCCCCUUGUGCGUGAUCCCCACGCAAAGAACACAGAAUCCUUGGUUCGUAACCAUAUGAUCAAUGUAAGUGAAAACAAGUUGUUGACUAUUGCUGGUGGCAAAUGGACUACCUAUCGUGCUAUGGCCGAAGAAACUGUCGAUCGUGCCAUUCAGGAAUACGACCUCAAACCCACUAAGCCAUGUGUUACAAAACAUACACUUAUGAUCGGCAGCGAAGGCUUCCACAAGAGCAUGUUCAUUGGCCUUGUCCAAGAUUUUGGUAUGGAUACAGAGGUCGCAAAACAUCUUGCUGACAGUUAUGGCGAUCGUGCUUGGGUUGUGGGUUCCAUCGAUGAUAAGACGGGUAUGAACUGGCCCUCUUACGGUAACCGCAUCGCCCAUAACUAUCCUUAUAUUGAGGCUGAAGUGCGUUACGCAGUCCGUGAAGAAUAUGCUUGUACUGCCAUUGAUGUGCUAGCUCGUCGUACCCGAUUGGCCUUCUUGAAUGCAGAAGCCGCCUUGAGUGCUCUUCCCAAAGUCAUUGAUAUCAUGACAGAAGAAUUGGGUUGGGAUAAAGUGAGACAAGAGAAAGAAUAUUCAGAGGCGAAGGAAUUCUUAAAGACAAUGGGUCUUUCCCUCCAAAAGAAACCUGCGUCCGGUGAAGACAUUAAAUCGGAUGAUAUCAUAAAGAACUAAGUCUAUCGACGCAUGCAAAUAAAUUAGAAUGCAAAAAUAAGGCAAGCAGAAUUUGUUCAUUUAAAUUAGAUGUAGAGUGUGCGUCAUAAGAUUUAUACAUAAAAAAAGAAAUGCUUCUGUGUA